AUGGCUUUCCAAUCUUCACAUCCUCACCCUUUUGGUUAUGACAUGAAUGCGAAUCACCUAAAUGACGACACACCUCAACAAUCAAAUCAACCCUCAGAAUACUAUCGAGACAACAAACCCAACGGAGAUCAAUCCAUCAAUAAUGUCGCCAUGAUGUCGAUCAACUCUUCGAGCCACAGCUUCCGCAAAGAUUCUGUCGCGACGAACUCUGGCUCUGUCAACGACGCUUCCUCAUGGGAUCACAAGCAAAUAUAUCCUGGUGCUGGAUUCGAUUCGUCAAAUGCGUAUCAUCGAGGCGACAGUAGUGCUUAUGUCCAGCAUGAUCAUUCACAAGUCUAUACUCCUCAAGGAUGGAUGAUGUCGCCGACGACUUCUGUGGCUACUACCGGCUUCGAAGGCUACCCAGGAGCAAAGUACGAGAAUUCGCCCUUCCCUAGUAGUUUACCAUCAGACCGAGCCUCAUUUCCACCUCACCCUUUGGCUCAAGCCCACCAUGUGUCGAGCUCACCGCAAGCGUCUCUGUCACCACCAGCACACGCUGACUGGAUGGAUAUGACUGGACCGAAUAGGCCACUCAAGUCAGCGUAUGUGAAGCCAAUCAAGCCUCGUCACCAACCUCUUCUCAGACGUGAUACUCGCGACGGCAUUCGCAAAAAAAAUGCAAAGAUCCCCAUCCCUUCCGAGAUCACCCUAGAGAACAUUGACGACUUGAUUGAGGGUUGCACUGAUGAGGACGAGAUGAAGCAGCUGAAGGCCCAGAAGCGUCUGCUCAGGAACAGAGAAGCAGCCCCGGCUGCUCCGGCCAUGAGUGCCGCACCGAGCAGUACUGGCUUCACCGACUUUAACCUGGAGAUGGACCAUCUGGCUAUUGGAGACCAACCUUGGGACAGGUUCAUCAAUGUGCCUGGAGUUGAUGAUGCAGACUAUCUUGGCGAUACCGCUGAAUCCUUUGCCACCAUCCAGCCAACCAAGCAACUUUCCCAGCGACGACAAGACUCUGCGACCAAGCCCAGCACAGAGCAGCCAGUCGCUUCCGGUAUCCUGUUCAUGCUGCUACUCUGUGGAGCCUUUGUGGCCUCCCGAUCUUCAUCGACAGCAAGAGAUACUGCGCAGAACAAUCUCAUCCCAAAGAUGCCUGACGAAGUUAGAGCUGCGAGUACGGAGGUGCUCAACAACUUACUGAAGGGUAACCCCAAAGAAGCUUCACUCUUUCUACCUGAUCUUGCUCCUUCAUACCGCUACUCCCAGCCCAGUAAGCAAGCAUGGCCACAGCCUACCAAUAUUGCCGACUUGCACAAGCAUUUGACUUCGCCAACUGCGAUGCAAGAAGCAGAACAAGCUUUUGCUAUGACUCCUGAACAGUACAACGCCUUGACCACAUACGAACACAUGGACACUAUAGCCUCUGCACCUCCUUCCCAAAGCCUUCGUCCGAACCUCGCCGAGACGCUAGGGAGGAUGCGAGAAGCCAGAGGACCCAGUGCGGCAGAAGUCUAUACGAGGAGUCUGCUCUGGGACACCAUACCAGAAGACGUCGUAAAAGCCUUCAAGCGCGCUGUCGCGCAGAGACAAGGAGACGAUGAGCAGAUGAACGACGAAACUGAUGGAUUAUGA